AUGGCUAUCGCGAACCAUGGAGCAUCGGUUCCAGACCUCAUCGCUGUUGGCAGCGAGCAGGAGAAUGUAGAGGAAUGGAGAAAAAGAUGCAAUAUCGAUCAGAGUUCACAGAUACGCCUGGUGAAGUUGGCCCAUAUGCGGUAUCAACAUCCAGACUUGAAUCAAAUCACGACUUUCCUCCAAGACUUUGGUAUGACCGUGGCCAAGAAGACAGACCAGGAAAUCUGGUAUCGUGGAUAUGGUGAUGAUCAAUACGUCUAUUAUGCUCGAAAAGGACCCAAGAAAUUUCUUGGGGGCACUUUCGCUGUUGAGUCCUACGAGGAUUUGGAGAAUAUCGAAAAGCUGUCCAACUCUCCCGGCGGUGGAUUCAUCGUCAAGUUGAUUGACCCCGAGGGAUUCCCACUCAAUUUGAUGUAUGGGCAAGCCCCAGCAGAGAAAGGGGAAUAUCCGGAGAAACUUACUAUCAAUUAUGAGCAAGACAAGCCUCGCACUCGCAGGUUUCAGCGUUUCGAACCAGGCCCAGCAGCCGUGCACAAGCUGGGACAUUUUGGUCUAUGUACCCAGGAAUUUGAGAAGAUGGUCAAUUUCUAUACCACAACAUUCAACAUCGUCCCGACAGACUUUCUAUACGUCGAAAAGGAGGGAAAGAAGCACAAUGUCGCGUUAUUCGCACAUAUCGAUCGUGGAGCUGACUACGUGGACCAUCACAGCUUUUUCAUAAGCACCAAUGCCACAACUCAUGUCCAUCACUGCUCAUUCGAAGUCCAUGAUUUCGAUACCCAGAAGCUUGGGCAUCAGUGGCUUGCUGAAAAGAAGUAUGAAUCUGUGUGGGGUGUCGGGCGACACAUUCUUGGAUCGCAAAUCUUUGAUUACUGGUGGGACACCACUGGAAACAUGAUUGAACACUACGCAGAUGGAGAUCUUGUGAAUAAUCAAACUCCCAUUGGUUAUGGUCCCGCAGGAGACGAGUCGCUGGCAGUGUGGGGCCCUGAGGUACCUGCCUGGUUUUUGAAAUAG